AGAAUUAUUUUUCGGCGGCGGCGGUGGCGGCGGCGUGCGAUUUUCGGUGCAGCGUGGCAGUUUCCGUUUCAACGAUUUGGAGAAGUCGUGGCGUACUUUACAGUUCGUGAAUACACAUUUCGUUGCGGUUAAAAAUGGCUCAUCGUGCAGUUUCAUGGUACGCUAAGCUAAUGCAAAGGCACCCAGCCAAAACACAAGUCGUGACGACAGGAAUACUGAUGCUGGCAGGCGAUGUCGUCUGCCAAAAACUCGUCGAAAAGAAACAAACAGUAGAUGCCGAACGUGCUGCACGAUUUUUUAUUAUUGGCGUCGGCUUUGUGGGUCCUGCGCUGCGAACGUGGUAUCUAUACCUUGAAAAGUUAGUUAGCCCGAAAGGACGAAUGAUACCACUAAAAAAGAUGCUGUUGGACCAAGGGGCGUUCGCGCCAAUAUUCCUACCCUGUUUUCUCGCGUGCCUCGGUGUUUUGCAACGACAGACAUGGUCCGAGAUUAAGCACAAAGUGAAGACAGACUACAUCCCCGUGCUCACGGCUAACUACAUGCUGUGGCCAGCUGCUCAGAUGUUUAACUUCUACAUGGUUCCCCUCCAAUACAGGGUUGUGUAUGCCAGUGGAGUUGCAUUCCUGUGGAACAUUUACUUGUCUUGGAAGGCCAACCGCAUUUCGGCAAGAACAGACAAUGAAACUGCGAGUGUUUGAGCUUACAAAAACCAUGCUGCUUUAUACCUCCAGAAGCUUUAAGAACAUUGUACCUCAGCACACGUAACGUGGAUCCCAGAGCAAAGACCUUGACCAAUGGUCAUCCUUUGUAGCCUCUUCUCCGAAGGCUGUCCUCCUUUCCCAUUUCCAUGCUAGUAUUACAAUACAGUCACACACAAAAUUAACGUCACGGACUUCCAAAGCUCCAUCAUACGACGAGUUCUUGUUUCGAGGUCUGUGAUUGGCAGAUGUUGUGCCACGUGACUUCGACUGACCAAUCGUGGCUUGAAGCUCGAGACCACAAUCAGGAUAAAGUGAUGUUCCAGAGAUGCAGAGCACAGUCGUAGAAGGAGCAGGAUGCUAUCGCGUACUGCGUCUCGUCCGGAACACUUUUGGAAGCCCAGUCGAUCCCAUACACCAUCGAUUCGUGCUUCGUGAACUUGGCAAUGUUCUUCGCUGAAAAAUGUACAAAGUAGCCGUAAUAAGCCAAUAACGGAGGUACAGUGAAGGAUAUACGAGUUUUUGGGAGGAGCUUACCACCCUGCAUAUUGUAGCGGACUACACCGGCGCCACCGUGCAUGGCGGCGACGGCUAGGAGUUCGUCUCUGUCGGGGUGCCACUUAAGGCGCCAGACGCCACCUCCGACCGAAACGUCGUCCAAUGGCGACCGCAUGCUACGAGUGUCCCAGAAGAAGAUCGUCUCGUCGUAGCUGUCAAAACAUAAGGUUCCAGUCUACAGCGAAAGGCUGGAAGUUUGUAGAUACAGUGAACCCUCGUUAAUAUGACCCCGAUAAUCUGACGUACGCGCUUUAGGACCAUACUCCCGGGGAACAAUGCGGUGAAACCUCUGCAAAUCCCCUCCGUUAAUAUGACAAUUCCGCAUUAUGACCAGAAUUUUCGGGAACGACCAUGGUCAUAAUAACGAGGGUUCACUGUAUAUGUUUUCAGCUGCACGCAAGGAGUCAUACUAGAAAAAAAAUGGUGGCGAGCAACUUACUGCGGCUAACCACUCAGAUCCAUAUGCACACGUGAAGCAAGCAAGCUAGAAUUUGCUAGACUACUAAGUUUUUUUUUUUUUUCUUUUUUCAAGACAUUUCUCCAAUACUGAUCUGAAUCCAAUGGCCUUACAACAUCAGACCUGUUCAAAAUGAUCCGAAAUUAUUUAGUACCGUUGUCCAUGGCUCCAACAACACACUAAAGCUGACUUAGCACGAAGACAAAUUCUGCAUCGAUCUGCUUUUGUCGAGGACCUUACCUUCCUGAAGCCAGCAGGUACUGAGAACGUGGAUGAGCUUGAAGAGCUGUUACUCCCAUACUGUGCCUAAAGAGGAAAAUCUGCUCUAAGGUAUAAUGAAAUUAAAAUAAUUGAAUA